AUGACAUCGGCAUCAUCAUCCUUUGUGCUCAACCAUCUCCUUGCAACAGUUACUAGCUCCAUCCCCACCAUCGGUGACUUUAUACCUUGGAUGCAGAAUUCCAUGGACCAACUGAUGAGACAUGAGUUCCUGGUGGGGCCAGAUAGGCUUUUACAGAGGAAGAAGGGCCGUUUAAUCCUGCAUGGGUCAUCUGUAUUGUUAAAUCCACGGGGUAUCACUCACCCGCAAUGGAGGCUUACUCUUCCUUUCUCUGGUCGACUGAAGAAGACGAAAAGAAAGCAGGAGUCGCAGACUGAUACGGAAGUGGAGCCAGAUGCGGAUGCAGAUUCAGAUGCAGAUUUAGAUGAUGAAGAUGAAGGCAAAGGCAGUUGGUCACAGAAAUCAUAUCAGAUUGGAGCAAAAUGUCCAAUUGUGGCUGUAAAGACGUCGGAUGAGAAGAAUUGGGAGCGCCUAUUCAGGACCAUCUACUACAACAUGCGUAGCAGGGUCAAAGCCAAGUCGAGCUUGCUGCCCUUCCACACUCUACCAGAAUCGCGAUACUGGUCUUCAGAGUUCUCUACCAUUCCCGUACCGGAUGCCACCAAUUCCAGAAAACCCGAUUUAGUCCUUAUGGACUAUAGGCUGAAGAAGCACAACGGGAAUGAGAAGAGUUGGGCAGAUGUUCUGACAGGAGUAGAGAUCACCAUCUCAGAACUGGCGGAGGACAUACCAAUAUUCUUAUGGAUUGCAACCAAAGGCUACCUAAUUAUGCGUGAACAACCAUGGCACCAUUUCAUUCUCCUUUUCAGUAUCACAAACAAGAACACCUAUUUAAUCAAUCUGGAUCCUGUGCAUUUCAUCGAUGUCUUGAACACGAUGAUGCUAAAUACCAAGAAGGAGUAUGCAUUGAAGGACUGUUGGGUAGAUGUUGACUCCCUAGAUCACGAGGUCAAGUUUCUUCAGGCAGUCGAUGGUGUUCCAAAUGUGGUCCAGCUAGUAAAGUAUUGGGAUGUCGACCUCCCACUGACCACCUUUAAGUCUGUACCUGAGCUAGUCAAUAUGCCAGUAGCCCAUAAAACGCUGACAUUUGAGCGGGAAGUUCUUCAUGGAGAUCUCAGUCCCAACAAUCUCAUCAUACACGAGGGAAAGGGAUACUUUAUUGAUUUCGACCACGCCAAAUUCGUCCAACUUUACAAUCAGGCAAAAGAUUUAUGGAAUAAAGUGUACAUGAUGAUGGACAGAGAUGGUCUUGGGACUAGCGGAAGCCUCAAGAAAGAGUUCCUAAUGGACAAAUCCCCGAGUUUCUUCUCCAGCCGCAACUCAGGGUCCACUUCCUCGUCAUUCAAGCCGGAUAAGCCGCCCUGCACAUUCAUCGGUACCAUCUGGCCCUUCAUCAUCAUUCAGCACCUCCUCCUCCACCUUCUCUGCCUGUUUCGACAAAUCGUCCUCGUCGUUCUCGGCGGAAAAAGAGGGAGCCCAAGGUUUUCACGCUCUAACUCGUUACCAUUAUUCCAGUCAAGCGCUCACCAACCUUCAGCACCAAUCCCUUCACCCAAUGCCUCCCAGGAAGAAAGCCAGACACACGCACAAUCCAAUCGAGGUGUCGGAGGUCACAUAGCACAGCUGCAAAAAGCUGGUGAGAGGGUGAUGGCGGCCCCAACAAGGCAAGGGAAGAAGAACACUGUUGAAAUCAGCGAUUCAGAAGAAAACCCAAUGGCUCCUUCACAAGUUGCGAGAGCAAAGAAAAAAGCUCCUGCAAAGACAUCUGUGAAGGCCAGCGCUGUAUGGCCAGAGCGCCAACGUGCUCACUCUCCACAUCCGUUCCUGCGCACUGCCCACCAUUCUGAUAGGUUUGGGUUUAAGCCACCAUAUGUUACUGAUGGUGACGGUCAGGAUGUGACCCAACCCGGUUGCAGCCAGAAUACUAGAGCUACAGAACCAGGUGCUAGGCAGCAAGACUCACCAGAUCAUCACAGCAAUAAUCUUGAGUACGAUGCUGACGAAAACGACAUGCGAGAUGAUGAAGACGUUUUCAGAAGCUUUAACGACCACAACCAGCAAGACGAACAAGAUCACGAACAAGACGAUGACAAAGACGACAGCGAAGAUGAUGACAGAGGCGUCAGCGAAGGCGAAGACCACAACAAAGACCACAACAAAGACGACGAGCAAGAUUCGAGGCAGUAUCCGCAAGCAUAUCAGAACAGGUAUCAUGAUGACAAUGAUCUAAUGGAAUUAGACCAAGCCCAAGACUCGAAUAUCCAGGCCAAUAACGAGCGUGAUGAUCCAGGCAUUUUUGAUGUCCUUGAGCGCCACCAAGCAAAAAAUGGACGGCACAAGGCUCCUUCACCAAGUCGUCUGUUAAGUAUACUCGUGCACACCUGCUCAAUCGCAGUCUCCCUGUCAAUAUACAUCCCAACAUCCACAGUGUCCAGUCGCAUGCAGCCCCCCUCUCGUGGGCGCGCCUUGUCACGGGCCUCACCUAGUCGUGCUGGGGAACAGACUAAGAAUCAAUCAAAUCCUGUGAAGCUCAGGUUUUACCCGUCAUAUUGGCAGGCAUUUCUUCAGGCAGCAAAGUUGGAAAUGCGCCUGCAGGCAGUACUGACACAUCCAAUUCCAGAGCAUUCUGACGCUGUAGAACUCGCACGAGAAGUCCUGGAUGUAGUGUUAUGGAAGUACCACUCAAAGAAGAUUGGAUUGGAGCAAGAUGUCGUGGUUGAGCUCAAGAAAAUCAUCAUCUCUCUUGCAAAACAAUUAUAUGGCAUCUGUCCAAAGGGCAGCAUGAUGCACGAGCACUCGGUGCAGAAACAUGUUACUGAAGCAGCAUCUAAAUUGAUCAAGUCCGGCGACUACCUUCGGCUUCCUGACUUGUCUGAGGGCAAGUACAAGAACUUCGUAUCACAGCAACGGCAAAAAGCGCUGAAGUUAACAGACGAAUUCCAACACUCGAUUCCCGUUAAUGGUGUCAUUCUCGUGGCCACUGUUGCAAAAGGUGUUCUAACUGGGUUCUGUGAAACCAGUAUAGACAAAGCCCCAGAUCUUUCUGCUGAUAAAUGCAGGUCCGAUUUCAACUCCCUACGAAAAUCUGUUGAUAUGUUAAUGGAUAUCCCCAAGCGUCGUCGACAGCUUGAAGAGAUGUUGGAGGAAUGGGCUGAGUCUGGGAUGAUGAAUUGGCUUUGCAAUGAUUCGGAUGGUGGCUCAGCCAAUGAGGAUGUCAAUAUCAUUAUAUAG